AUGCGUUUACCGUGAAUUUCAGCAUAUAGGCGCACUCAAAUUUAAGUGUCUGCUGGGUUGACCACGGAGAUCCGAGUGUCUGCUGACCUGACCGCAGUUACUAUGGCCACUGGACGAAAUCGAGGCGGCGCAGCUGGUGCCUCGAUCGAUGCAGCUAGCUAGCGUAGCAGGUAACAAGCUAUCCAAUAGAGAGCUAUCUAGCGGUUAGCUGUAGCAGUGCCCCUCGGCUCGUUAUAUCAUAUUAUCGUCAUUUCGGCAGUAACUUUAAAUGUCGUCGACGUAGCUGAGGUAUUGAUACAUGUCUACAGUGUGAGAAAGCGAGGGUGGAGGAUUCGAGGUAGUGUUUUGAGGUUGAGUUGACUCUGCGGGGGAAGAUGUGCAAUGGAAUGAUAGAGUCAAUAUCAAAAGCCUUUUGGGCCCACACCUCAGCCACUGAGCGGUUCUUUUUGUUGCUGCUGACACUGACUGCAGUGUCCAGGGUGCAAGGAUCAGGAUGUGCGAGGCUGUAUAUGGUCCAGAAUAGCUGGGUAAACCUCACAGAAACCAACAGGGGCUCGUUCCCUGUGGGCACAGUGCUGCAGUACAGCUGCGACCCUGGUUACCUGCCGGACGGACCCAGCAUCCUCACCUGCACCACGCUGGGACGCUGGACCUCUGAACCUCCUCAUUGUAUACGCAGUGGUGCAUGCUUACCCCUCUCCAAACCCGAAAAUGGGGGCUACACCUGCCACCCAUCCCCCUGCCGGAUGUUUUCCCAUGGCACUGUGAUUGAGUUCUUCUGUGAUGAGCGCUUCGUUCUCAGUGGGGACUACAACUACCUGACCUGUCAGGAUGGACAGUGGGACGGCCCCAUGCAGAUCAGUUGUGUUAGCCAAGGUUGUAUAAGACCCUCUACCGUGCAGCAUGGCUCAACUAAUCUGACAGACACCAAUAGGAGCUUGUUCCCUGUGGCCACCGUGCUGCAGUACAGCUGUGACCGUGGUUUCCUGCCAGUGGGACCCAGCUUCCUCACCUGCACCACGCUGGGACGCUGGACCUCUGAACCUCCUCGCUGUAUACGCAGUGACGGUUGUAUAAGACCCUCUACCGUGCAGCAUGGCUCAACUAAUCUGACCGACACUAACAGGAGCUCGUUCCCUGUGGGAACAGUACUGGAGUACCGCUGUGACCCUGGUUACCUGCCAGACGGACCCGGCAGCCUCACCUGCUCCACACUGGGACACUGGUCCUCUGAACCUCCUCGCUGUAUACGCAGCGACGUAUGCCAGCCUCCAUUUCAGCCAGAGAAUGGGGGCUACACCUGCCACCCCGCCCCAUGCCAAAGACUCUCUCAUGGCACUGUGGUUGAAUAUUUCUGUGAGGAAGGCUAUGUUCUGAAGGGAGACUACAAAUACCUUACCUGUCAGUACGGAGAGUGGGACAGCCAAAUGAAGCUCAGCUGCCUCAUGGAGCGAGACCGCACUCCAACUUUACCAUUAGGGAUGCCCGCCUUGUCCAUAGUGGCAUCCACAGCCAGCUCGGUGGCCCUGAUCCUGCUCCUGGUGGUGCUGUUUGUACUUCUGCAGCCAAAACUCAAGUCCCUCCAUCGACGGGAUCAGGGUGUGUCCGGCCAGCCCGUGUCAAUCAUGGUGGAAGGAGUCCAGGUGUCUCUGCCCUCGUAUGAGGAGGCUGUGAAUGCUCGCGGGGCCUCAGCCUCGCCUCUCAGCUCUGAGUCUCGGGUCCAGAUAGUGCUGUCCGAGGGUCAGCAUGCCACAGUGCCAGAGGCUGGCCCCUCUAGGCAUUCAUCCCUCAAACAGCAGCAGUCGGCGAUGGCUGUCGUGCACCCUGUGCCAUCGCCCUCAUCCUCCUCCUCACCCUCCUCCUCUACCUGGGUUCCAGAGCAUGCAGGCGCUGCCGCUCCUUCACCCUCACAAAGAAGGCCGUCUGCAGGCAGCGACCAACACAGCCUGUCUCUGGACUCUGAGAUGGACUACUCUGAUGAUAUGCCAUUGCUGAAGGAGGCCUGAACAAUGCAGCAGCCUUUGGACUCCCUAAGACAACCAGCGUUGCUACUGACCUGUACUGGUGAGCGGGGAAUGCCUCUCGAGAGUUUGUCAACACAGCUGUCAACACAGACGAGGCUCUGAGUGAAGCUGUGGGUUACUCGGAAUAGUUCCUCGGUCCAUCCCAAAGGAGAACAGAGACGGGAUUCACAUGUACAUUACAUGCAUACAUUUUUUUUUUUUUUUUUUUUUUUUUUAUAGGAAUUCCUACACGAUGUAUGUAUGUCCAACGUCUGAAGCUCGGUUUGAAAAUGUAGAACAAAAACCAGAAAGAACAGGCACCACCUGCAGGAGUAUGUCUUAAAGGCUUCAAAGCUGCAAACUCAUUUUGAGAGCUAAUAAUCUCGUCAGUGUCUCGGUCACUGUUACUUUUCUUGAACCACAUAUCGCACCAUUUGAGACGCACAUCAGCAAAGAUGCAUGAAGUCCAGGUAGUCUAGCUCGUUGUCCAAGUCAUGCACACUUACAGUUAUUGUCCCUCAAAGAUUUGUUGUGAUUUAUAAAUGAUUUAUUUAAGAUGUUGUUGAUCAUUACUCGCGUCAUUCCAGAUGCCACUGUACAGUUUAAGGCUGCUUGUCCACCCAAGAUUCCCUUUGCUGUGUUUUAUUCAUCGGAUUGAGGGCAAACAUUUUCAGAGACGAUUCAGGUCUGCAUUUGACACAUUUCACUCUCGGUAAGUGUUCAGAUGUCUUCUCUUCAUACCCUUGUCCUCAAUGGCCUUAGCUUUCCACUUCUAUGCACAGGUAUCUAUAAUAUGUAAAAUACGGAGUUUUAAAAAUGAAUGUCGGUUAAAAGCGUCCACUGCUUAGUGAUCUAAUGUGUGGCUUUGUCAGACACAUCACUUGUACACCAGAAAAUAAUUAUUCUCUUAAUUUAUUCAGGCUGCUUGUAAAAUAAAUGUAAUGUUUAAAGUGUAAACGGGGAACUAAGAUGUUUUAUUUAAUUUACUUGUAACCAGAGCGCUGUUGAUCAGCCAUGGCUUCUUUUGAUGCGUCCACAACGUAAAAAAAUGAAAGAAAGAAAGUACGCCUUUUCAGUUCGCCGCUUCAGUUUUGGUUCUGCUGCAGGCACGUUGUAUGUGACGCUAUUAAUAUGAGCGAGUGUACAGAUCAGUGUGAUGUCUUUGUUUGACUCUCCAUUGAAUUUGCUUUUAGACUGAGGAGUGCUUUUGUGUUUUGUGAAGAUUUUUUUUUUUAAUAUAUGUAAAAAAAAAAAAAAGUUUUAAGUUUAGUCUGUAUAUAACAUACACCCAUUUUGAUUAAAUAUUAUUUAAGAUGUCCAAAUUGGCUGUUUCCUUCUUUUUUUUAUUCGGCUUUUCACAUCUUUGGAAGAUCUGAGAUCUGUCUUUGGUCUGAUUUUAGCUUACAGUCUAAAAAGAGCAAAUGGCACGUCAAUAUGUUUUAUAAACGCUUUCAUUCUCA